CCUGACCAGUGCACAUCUUGACAAGGUCUCCCAGCAGCUUCCGCGGGGCCGAAUGACAGCAGGAGCAGCAGGGCAGAUUGAUGAGCUUGCCUGGGGAGCCUAGGGAUAGGCCAGAGCGGAGCACGCCAUGGGGCAGAAGGUCACCGGUGGGAUCAAGACUGUGGACAUGAGGGACCCUGUGUACAGGCCGCUGAAACAGGAGCUGCAGGGACUCGACUACAGCAAACCCACGCGCCUGGACUUGCUCCUGGACAUGCCCCCGGUGUCCUAUGACGUCCAGCUAUUGCAUUCGUGGAACAACGACGACCGCUCGCUGAAUGUCUUUGUGAAGGAGGAUGACAAGCUCAUAUUUCACCGGCAUCCGGUGGCCCAGAGCACAGACGCCAUCCGAGGCAAAGUGGGGUACACGCGAGGACUGCACGUGUGGCAGAUCACGUGGGCCAUGAGGCAGCGGGGCACCCACGCCGUGGUCGGGGUGGCCACCGCAGACGCCCCUCUGCAUUCCGUAGGUUACACCACGCUGGUGGGAAACAACCACGAGUCCUGGGGGUGGGACCUGGGGCGCAACCGGCUGUACCACGACGGGAAGAACCAGCCGAGUAAAACGUACCCUGCCUUCCUGGAGCCGGAUGAGACCUUCAUCGUGCCGGACUCCUUCCUGGUCGUCUUGGACAUGGACGAUGGGACGCUGAGCUUCAUUGUGGACGGGCAAUACAUGGGCGUCGCGUUUCGGGGACUCAAGGGGAAAAAGCUGUAUCCAGUGGUGAGCGCGGUGUGGGGACACUGCGAAAUCCGGAUGCGCUACUUGAACGGGCUCGACCCUGAACCACUGCCUCUGAUGGACUUGUGCCGGCGAGCGGUGAGGCUUGCUCUGGGCAAGGAAAGACUGAAUGAGAUCCCUGCGUUGCCACUGCCAGCGUCCCUCAAGAGUUACCUGCUCUACCAAUGACCUUGGUGUUCAAGGACGGAGCUGGAACCCAGACGAGCAACCUGGAGCUGACCCACUGGGCAACGGGUUUGCCACCCUCGUGUCAUCGCUGCUGUUGGAACUCCUUGGCCAAAGCACCCCCAUCAGGGCUAAAGCAAAUUCUCAAAUGAUACUUGUUUCACCCCUAAAAUGAGCAUUUUGCUCUUUGGAAGGUGCUUUUCCUGCACCCUUGCAAAAGGAACCUUUACGGAAGCUCUGUGCUUCCCUGCUUUCCAAAUAGGUUGUGCUGGAUGCUUGGGAUUGUAGAGCCUAGGAGUGAAACAUUCCUCUGUGUCAGCCAAA